AUGGAGAACUACCAAAAAAUUGAGAAAAUCGGUGAAGGUACCUACGGUGUCGUUUACAAGGCCAGAGAACUUAACCAUCCCAACCGAAUUGUCGCAUUAAAGAAGAUCCGUCUCGAAGCCGAAGAUGAGGGUGUCCCUAGUACCGCCAUCCGCGAGAUCUCCCUCCUCAAAGAAAUGAAGGACCCCAACAUCGUCCAAUUGUUCAAUAUCGUCCACGCCGAUGGCCACAAGCUUUAUCUUGUCUUUGAAUACCUUGACCUCGAUCUGAAAAAAUACAUGGAGGCUCUACCCGUGAGCGAGGGUGGACGUGGCAAGGCUCUCCCGGACGGCUCGAUGAUGGGUGCAGACCUGGGACUUGGCGACGCCAUGGUGAAGAAAUUCAUGGCUCAGCUUGUCGAGGGUGUUCGCUAUUGCCACAGUCACCGUAUUCUGCACCGCGAUCUGAAGCCACAGAACUUACUUAUCAACCGUGAGGGUAACCUCAAGUUGGCUGAUUUUGGUCUUGCCCGAGCAUUUGGUGUCCCAUUGCGAACCUACACUCACGAGGUUGUUACACUGUGGUAUCGCGCUCCCGAGAUUCUUCUCGGUGGCCGCCAAUAUUCAACUGGUGUUGACAUGUGGUCUAUCGGCGCUAUCUUCGCUGAGAUGUGCACUCGCAAGCCGCUGUUCCCCGGUGACUCCGAGAUUGAUGAAAUUUUCAAGAUCUUCCGAGUUCUUGGUACUCCCGACGAAGAGGCCUGGCCCGGUGUCACCUCGUUCCCCGACUACAAAGCCACCUUCCCCAAGUGGAAGCGCCCGGAUGUACCUCUUGUUGCAGGUCUGGAGGAAGCAGGCCUUGCGCUUUUGGAGGCUCUUCUCGAAUAUGACCCUGCGCACCGACUUUCCGCCAAGCAGGCCUGCAUGCACCCCUACUUCCGACAUGGGAGUUCCCACUACUCAGGCCGUGGUGUCGGAGCCCCGCGCAAUGGGACUCACUAA